AUGGUGUACAAAUUGAAGAAAUCACUGUAUGGAUUAAGACAAUCUCCAAGAGUUUGGUACAACAAGAUAGAAACUUAUUUCGGUCAAGAAGGAUUGGAAAAAUGUCCUCAUGAACACACUCUAUUUGUCAAGCAUAAAACUGAUGGAAGGAUCAUAGUGGUGAGUUUAUAUGUUGAUGAUUUGAUCUUUACAGACAAUGAUCAGAAAUUAUUUGAUGAAUUCAAGAGCUCCAUGGAAAGAAAUUUUGCAAUGACUGAUCUAGGAAAAAUGAGAUACUUCCUUGGUGUAGAAAUGAAGGAGGAUAAUAAUGGAAUCUUUUUGCAUCAACAAAAAUAUGCAAUUGAAAUCUUGCAAAGAUUUGGAAUGUAUGAUUGUAACAGUGUAAGUAAUCCCAUUGUGCCUGGAAGUAGACUGCAGAAAGAUGAAACAGGACAAGCUAGCAAUGCAACAAUAUAUAAACAAAUGGUGGGCUGCUUGAUGUAUUUGCUUGCCACCAAGCCUGAUCUUGCCUUCUCUAUAUGCUUAGUAGCCAGAUACAUGGAAAGACCUACUGAUAUUCAUAUGACUGUUGUGAAAAGAAUACUCAGAUAUUUGAAAGGGACUGCUAGCUAUGGUCUCAGGUAUGAAAGAGGUAAGGGAGAAGAGUUAGUUGGCUGGUCUGACUCAGAUUAUGCAGGAGACAUUGAUGACAGAAGGAGCACAUCUGGCUAUGUGUUCAUGAUUGGCACUAAGGCAGUUUCAUGGUCAUCUAAAAAACAACCAAUUGUAAUAUUGUCCACCACUGAGGCAAAAUUUAUUGCUGCAGCUAGCAGUGCUUGUCAAGGAAUAUGUUUAUCCAGGAUUUUGGCUCAAAUUGACACAAAAGGGAAAGGCUACAUUACCAUUUACUGUGACAAUAGCUCAUCAAUAAAGCUAUCCAAGAACCCUGUGAUGCAUGGCAGGAGUAAACAUAUAGAUGCGAGGUUCCAUUUCUUAAGAGAUUUGACUAAAGAUGGAACAAUUCAACUGGUUCAUUGCUCAUCCUUUGAGCAAGUUGCUGACAUAAUGACCGAGGCGUUGAGCUUCGAAAAUUUUAGCAGAAAUAGGGACAAGUUGAGUCUGUGCACUCUGGAGCUGGGAGGAGAAGAGGUAUUUGACUGUCCACCUAGAGAGGCAAUACAAGUGUUUUCUGAUGAUAAUAGGGGUGUGUCUUUCUCCCGAGUAGUUAAAUUGUAG